ACCAGAAAAAGAGAAGAAAAUUUCUCUUUUCGAUUCCUUACUUUCACUUCCCUUUAAUCCGAUCAAAGGAAUUCAAGAGCUUGCAAAAAUGGCCGGAAUCGGACCUUUGACUCAAGACUGGGAGCCUGUUGUGAUUCGGAAAAAAGCCCCAAGCGCCGCAACCAAGAAGGAUGAGAAAGUCGUCAACGCCGCCCGUCGAGCUGGCGCCGAGAUCGAAUCCGUCAAAAAAUCGAAUGCUGGGACGAACAAGGCAGCAUCUAGUGGUACUACUUUGAAUACAAGGAAGCUUGAUGAAGAAACUGAAAAUCUUGCUCAUGAACGAGUGCCAACAGAACUGAAGAAAGCCAUCAUGCAGGCCCGAACGGAUAAGAAACUCACCCAGGCUCAACUUGCCCAGAUGAUCAACGAGAAGCCUCAAAUCAUACAAGAGUAUGAAUCUGGAAAAGCUAUUCCUAACCAGCAGAUAAUUGGUAAACUCGAGAGGGCACUUGGUACAAAGCUGCGAGGGAAGAAGUGAGCAGGGUCUUAUCGUUACGUCAAACAGAACUCGAAUAUGGUGUUCAGUGUCCGAGUC